GAGGGGAGAGUGAGAGAGUGAGACACAGACAGAAGAGAAGAGGAAGGGAGAGAUCAUACAGAAGACAUGCCUGACGCUUUGAUUCGUCCACUGAUUGAAGCCGUGCACUCGAGCCCCACUCAGGCUGUCCUCUAUCUCUCUGGCGGAGCUUCUCAGGCACUUGGGUGGUUGAUGUCUGUCACUGGUGCGUCUAAUACAAUCCUUGAAACUGUGGUUCCGUACUCCAAGAUGUCCAUGACCCAGUUGCUCGGCAAGAUUCCCAGCCAUUUCACUAGCCAACAAACUGUUGAGGAAAUGGCAUUGUUGGCUUAUAAUCGUGCGCUGAAGCUCUCUAGACCAGGCCAUCCGGUUGUAGGUGUGGGUUUCACUGGAUCUUUGGCUAGCUCACAUCCAAAACUUGGUGAUCACAGGUUUUACCUAUCAACAAGAACAUGUGAUCGACAUUGGGUGUCUAAAGUUACCUUGUCAAAGGGUUUGCGAACCCGUGAACAAGAAGACAAGGUUUCAAGUCAUCUUUUAAUCAAGGCACUUGCAGAUGCGUGCAAAGUUUCAGCAUCAUUCGUUUCAGAAUUGAAUGAUUCGGAAGUUCCUGAUGAAUCUGAAAAACUCUUUGAUGAAGAUCAACAAUUACAGCAACUUUUAGAUGGACAGAUAUGCAUGAAAGUUUAUCCAUUUUCAGAGACAAAUGGUUCAAAUUCCGAGAGAAAGAUAAUACUAUCUGGUUCAUUUAAUCCAAUGCAUGAUGGACACCUCAAACUCUUGGAAGUUGCUACUAGCAUUUGUGGUGAUGGCUAUCCAUGCUUUGAAAUUUCAGCAGUCAAUGCAGACAAGCCUCCACUGACAGUAUCUCAAAUCAAAGAUCGUGUUAAGCAAUUUGGAAAAGUUGGAAAGACAGUUAUUGUUUCCAAUCAGCCUUACUUCUACAAGAAAGCAGAACUUUUUCCAGGCAGUGCAUUUGUAAUUGGUGCAGACACUGCAGCAAGGCUUGUUAAUCCAAAAUAUUAUGGUGAGGACCGUGGGAAGAUGCUGGACAUUCUGCUUGGAUGCAAAAGAAUAGGAUGCACAUUUCUUGUUGGUGGUCGAAAUAUUGAUGGUGAUUUCAAGGUUCUUGAAGAUAUUGAUAUUCCAGAAGAGUUGAGGGAGAUGUUUAUUUCAAUACCAGAGGAGAAGUUCCGCAUGGAUAUUUCGUCCACAGAAAUAAGGAAGCACCUAGGAAUGUAGACUUCAU